UCCUGUAAUAGUAAAGCAAAUUACAUUCAGGAAGGUUCUCUCUGGAUCUCUCCCCUCCAUCCAUCACCUUCCAUUUCCGGGUUUGGUUUUGUCAUCGUCUUCCUACUACUUGCAGACUCAGAGGAUGCGAACAAUGGCGACGUUGGGAAGACUGGGAAUCGGUCUCACUGUAAUUGCUCUUCUCUCUGCAGUCGCCGAAGCUUCUCUCUGCUCCAUCAAUGGGAUUCCAUUAGUGAGGAAUAUUAGCGAGCUCCCGCAAGAUAACUACGGGAGGGGAGGCUUGUCCCAUAUUACCGUCGCAGGUUCUGUCUUACAUGGGAUGAAAGAGAUUGAGGUUUGGCUACAAACCUUUGCUCCUGGAUCUCAUACCCCGAUUCACAGGCAUUCCUGUGAAGAGGUCUUUGUUGUUCUGAAGGGGAGCGGUACUCUCUAUCUUGCCCCGAACUCGCAUGUAAAGUACCCUGGUACACCUGAAGAGUUCCCCAUAUUCUCGAACAGCACAUUUCACAUCCCUGUCAACGAUGCUCACCAGGUCUGGAAUACAAAUGAACGUGAGGAUCUGCAGGUGCUCGUCAUAAUAUCACGUCCGCCAGUGAAAGUGUUUAUAUAUGAAGACUGGUCCAUGCCACAUACAGCUGCAAAACUCAAGUUCCCGUACCACUGGGACGAAGAGUGUCUCCUGACAACACCUCCAUCUGCGAAGGAUGAGCUUUAGAAUUUUAAUUAGUCAUUGAGAAACACUUGUAUAGCCUCAGCCCACACAUCUCUUCCCUGACAUGUUCCAUCUGCGAAGGAUGAGCUUUAGAUUUUUAAUGGCCAUCGAUAUACAAGUAACACUUGUAUAGCCUCAGCCCACACCUCUUCCCUGACAUGUUAUCCGACACGACAAUCAACAGAAAGAAUUGUUUCAAUAACAUGUUAUCUGCACAGCAUGUUCUCUCUC